CGUCAGGAACGCCCUGUGCUACAUGGAAAUGCAAAUCAUUACUUUGGCAAUAAAUGGUCUUUAAUCUGCUAGAUUUUUUCUGCUAAGAAAACGCGUAUACGUACUAGCUGUCUCUCUCUAGCAAGUAGCAAUGGUGGGUAGGCGUGCGUGGUUACUGUCUUUUGCCUGGCAGAUAGAGAAGGUUGACGUCACCAAGCUGUGCCGGCAGAGGAGCAUCCUCACCGUGAACGGGCAGUUCCCGGGGCCGACCAUCCGCGCGCGCAGGGGCGACGUCGUCGUCGUCAACGUCCGCAACCAUGGCGACAAGAACAUCACCAUCCACUGGCACGGCGUGGACCAGCCGCGGAACCCGUGGUCCGACGGGCCGGAGUACAUCACGCAGUGCCCCAUCCAGCCCGGCGCCGCCUUCGCCUACCGCGUCAUCCUUUCCCAGGAAGAGGGCACGCUCUGGUGGCACGCCCACACCGGCUUCGACCGCGCCACCGUCCACGGCGCCAUCGUCGUCCUCCCCAAGCACGGCACCGCCUUCCCCUUCGUGCAAUCUGCAACUGCAAUGGAGGAGAUGCCACCCAUCAUCCUCGGCGAGUGGUGGCGGAACGACGACGCGAACCAGCUCCUGGAGGACGCGGUGCGGACCGGCCGCGACGUCAAGCCUUCGGACGCCACCACAAUCAACGGCGAGCCCGGCGACCUGUUCCCGUGCUCCAAGCCCGGCACCGUCAGGGUGCGCGUGGAGCGCGGCAAGACGUACCUGCUCCGGGUGAUCAACGCCGGGCUCACCAACGACAUGUUCUUCGCCGUCGCCGGGCACCGCCUCACCGUGGUCGCCACCGACGCCCGCUACGCCAAGCCCUUCCCCGUCGACCAUCUCAUGGUCGCGUCGGGCCAGACCGUCGACGCGCUCCUCCACGCCGCCGGUGACGGUGGCCGGUACUACAUGGCCGCGCGGGCGUUCGCCUCCAACACCAACGUCGACUUCAACAACAGCACCGCCACGUCCAUCGUGGAGUACGCGGACGCGCCGCCCGCCGCGCGGCAGGGCAGGCCCCCGGUGUUCCCGGCCACCCUGCCGGCCGUCGACGACGCCGCCGCGGCCGAGGCGUACACGGCGCGGCUCCGGUCCCUGGCCAGCGAGGCCCACCCGAUCGACGUGCCGGCGCGCGCCGACGAGCGCCUGCUAGUGACGAUGGCCGUGAACCUGCUCCCCUGUGUCGCGCAGAACGCGACGUGCACCGGCCCCCGCGGCGGCCGCCUCGCGGCGAGCCUCAACAACGUGAGCUUCCAGAACCCCCCCGCCGCCGACAUCCUCGGCGCCUACUACCGCGGACGGAGCGGCGUGUACGACGCGGACUUCCCAAACGGGCCGCCGUCCCUCUUCAACUUCACCGACCCGGGGAUCCCGGCGGCGGGGCUCGUCGGGCCGUUCACGGAGCGGGGCACCAGGGUGAAGGUGCUGGAGCACGGCGCCGCCGUGGAGGUGGUGUUCCAGGACACGGCGGUGCUGGGCACGGAGAGCCACCCCAUGCACCUGCACGGGUUCAGCUUCUACGUGGUGGGGCGAGGGCUCGGCAACUUCGACGAGGCCAGGGAUCCCGCCGGCUACAACCUGGUCGACCCGCCGCGGCAGAACACGGUGGCCGUGCCCAAAGGCGGCUGGGCGGCGAUCCGCUUCCGCGCGACAAACCCUGGGGUGUGGUUCAUGCAUUGCCACUUUGAUCGUCACGUCGUGUGGGGAAUGGACACCGUGUUCAUCGUCAAAGACGGCAAGGCCCCCCAAGCCAAGAUGAUGCAGCCUCCUCCCAACAUGCCGAAGUGCUGAAGAAAUAGGGCAUGGCGAUUUCUUCAGACAAGAAAUUCUCCUAGUGCACUGUUGCAUGACAAUAAAGCAAAGUCGCAGAAAAUCAAAUGUCCACUCUGACAUGUUAGAGCAAUUUAGAUCACACUAUUUAUUAUUCAUGGAUUCAGAGCAUGAUGACUACAAUGAAGUCUCGAAACUCCGCAUACUGUUGCUAUGUAACAUCACCAGAAUGUAUCAACCAAUGUUCAAAAUAGUGCGCUAUAGCUACUGCUAUAGCUCGCUAUAGUCUUUGGGAGAGGAG